UAGGUUACACUAUCAGCUUCUCUCUCUCUCUCUCUCUUUUCCUCUUCGUCGCUCCGUUUCUGAUCGUUCUCGAAGAGUCAGUUUCGAGAGAGGAGGACGAAUCGUUCGCGUCGUGAGCGGGCUCACCACCGCUCCCUGGUAUUUUUAGUGCGACGAGAGAAUAUUUGGCGGGGCGCACCGAGUCUCGCCGCCUCUCCUCCUCGUCGUAGUCGUCUUCGUCGUCUUCGUGAACGGCCGACGUCGCCCGGCCGUCGCCGUCGUCAUCGUCGUGACCGUCGUCGUGGUCAUAGUUUAGUGCCUUCCUCGACGGCGUCCCUCUCGUGCGCGCGCGGCCGGCGUGUUCGCGCCUCUCCGCCGAAGUGAUGUACCUGCGUAGAAGACCCUGCCGUCAGCCUCGGUGUCCCAGUGGAUUGCUCUUCGUCCGCGACCUCUCCUCUCACGCGACGUGCCCGCCGAGGCUCGAACAUGUCGCUCUGAGAUCGCCCCGCGAGAUCCGUUAGGGCGACCUUGAGCACUCGAGGCCCGAUUACUCCUCUCCUCCUGAGAGAGAUCGCUCCCCCGCGAGCUGCUUCUUCGCGAGAUUACGAGACCCGCCGACGCUCGAGAUGUUCAUCUUCGCGCCGCGCGACACCAUGUCGACCUCCCGGCAGGGCUCGACCUCGCGACCCCGCAGUCGUUACGCGCGCUCCUCCACCACGACGAGCGUCACGCAGAUGUUGAGCGACUCCUGCACGAGUCUGCUCCAGAAACUGACCACGAGGGUGCGGGGCACGUCCACCCUGAACGAUCACGGCGUCAUGGGAGGCGGCAGACGAUCGCCCAACAUCGGCCGGCUCGGUAGCACGCGAAGCCGCCUGGAGGACAAGUACAGCACGAUCCUGGACAAGUACGCCGGCAAGAGGCACGCCGACGGGUCCGAGCGCGCCGCCCGGGGCGACUAUUCCAGCAGGAAGCACGAGCAGCGUGGUCACAAUUACUACCGUCGCGACGACAGCCCGUUCGUGCGCGACGACAAGACUCUGGAGCCGUCGGUGACGCGCAGCGUCAUCAAGAGUCCCACCAGCGUGCUGCUGAGCGAAAAGGCCUACCCCUACGUGAGCUCGGCGAUGAGCCGGGAGCCGAGGCGCGAGAAGACGCCCGCCUACAGCCGCACCGAUCGUCAUACUCUGCUGAACUCGGAGGGUUAUCGCCGCUACGGCAGGCACAAGUCCGGCCAUGUGGAAACGCGCAGCCGGAAGGUGCGACCGCACCGGAACGGCAAGAGCGAACAGCUGGAGGCUCACUCGACCUCCCUCAGACUUUCCCGACCGGGCAAGAUCGAUCCGCUGACGCUCGCCGGCAGUGGCAAGUCGUCGCAGGUCGUAGUCGACCGGGACAAGACGCCGCUCGUCGAGGGCGGCGUGCAAGUUUACCCGGACAUGGUGCUGAACGACAUGGUCCCGUGCGCGCACGACGUCCUCGUGGAGGACGAGGAGGACCCGAGCAUCUCGGACAGGGCGGCCAAGCGAAAGGAGAUUCAGAGUCUGAUCCUCAAGUACGCCGCCAUGGAGGACACGUACAGCCAGUUGGCGUCGGGCGGACAAGCGAACGCGCGUCCCACCACGACGGACAUAAUCGCCAGCAAGUAUAGGAAGAGCAAUCAUCAUCAGCAGCACAGCAACCACAAGGACGACGCGUCGAAGGGGGACACCGUGGUAACGUCGACGGGCGCAGGUGUGAUUAGCGACGUGGUGGACGCGGUCCACGGCGCGAUUAGCCCACGACCGCCCUCCGUCGAGGACGACGAAGACGGCCACCUUGUAUACCAAUCCGGCGACAUCCUGGCAAAUAGAUAUAAAGUACUGGCCACCCUAGGAGAGGGUACUUUUGGAAAAGUUGUCAAGGUUAAGGACUUGCAAAUGGAUCACGUGAUGGCUCUGAAGAUCAUCAAGAAUGUGGAGAAGUACAGGGAGGCCGCGAAGCUGGAGAUAAACGCGCUGGAGAAGAUCGCCAUCAAGGAUCCCGAAGGCCAGCAUCUUUGCGUGAAGAUGCUCGACUGGUUCAAUUACCACGGACACAUGUGCAUCGCCUUCGAGAUGCUCGGCCUGAGCGUCUUCGAUUUCCUGAGGGACAACAGUUAUCAGCCGUACCCGUUGGAGCACGUCAGGCACAUGGGCUACCAGCUGUGCUACGCCGUGAAGUUCUUGCAUGACAACAAGCUCACUCACACGGAUCUCAAGCCGGAGAACAUACUGUUCGUCGACUCGGACUACGAUAGCACGUAUAACAGUAAAAAGCGGAGGGACGUGAGACGCGUGAAGCGGACCGACAUCAGGCUCAUCGACUUCGGCAGCGCCACGUUCGAUCACGAGCAUCACAGCACGAUCGUUAGCACGAGACAUUACAGAGCGCCCGAGGUAAUUUUAGAAUUAGGUUGGUCUCAGCCCUGCGACGUUUGGUCCAUCGGCUGCAUCCUGUUCGAGUUAUACCUGGGCAUCACGUUAUUCCAAACGCACGAUAAUCGCGAACACCUGGCGAUGAUGGAGCGUAUACUUGGCACGAUACCGCAUCGUAUGGCGCGCAAGACCAAGACCAAGUACUUCUAUCACGGCAAGUUGGAUUGGGACGACAAGAGUUCAGCUGGCAGAUACGUGCGAGACAAUUGCAAGCCGUUGCACCGUUACAUGCUAUCGGAUGACGAAGAGCACCGUCAGCUGUUCGACCUUGUCCAGCGAAUGCUGGAGUACGAACCCUCGCAGCGCAUCACCCUGAAGGACUCAUUGACGCAUCCGUUUUUCGACGCCCUGCCGGCAUCUCAGAGAUUGCCUGACCCGCGAGCAGCCGGUGACUCCCAACAGACCCACGAACGAUCACACUCGCUCUCUCGAUGAAGCUAGGAAAGGGACCGACUUCCCUACUGGACAGACACUCCACUUUCAACGACACUACUGCCCUACGUCUUCGUUCUGUUAUCUUUGAUUUUCAUGAAAACGUGUCUUUCGUAGCAACGAAAACUCGAUGAUGCUUGAAACGCGAGACUAUUGGAAUAAGGCGCGUGCGCACACGGUGCAAAGACACCGGUAAAAUUUGGAGAUUUUUCACGACGACAUAACGAUUCGCAUUUGGUCUCUCUCGAGAAACAAAAGUAAACACCGGAACCUGUGCACGUAGGUAAAGCAGUAGUGCGGUGGUGCCGUGGAACUUGGACUAAUUCGAGUGUAUUCGACGACGAACGAUCAGGCUGCUGACUUCUAAAAGAGACAGAGGGGGGAAAAAUGCUCCUGAUGGUUGCGUCCGCAAUUUGCUUUUACCACGAAUUAAACGAUCAUGGAAACGAUGACGAGGUCCCUGUUACUGGCGCGCCAAGGUGCCAGUGUGUCUGCUCAGUGUAGCGUAACAGAGUCCCGCAAUUGUAAACAAUUUUUUAAGCGCUCUGUACAUUUUGUCCCUUAAAUUUAUUACCAUGUUAUAAUAUUAAUCCACGAUAAAAACGAGAGUCGGGAGUAAAGAUCACCCUCGGGUCCGCAGUUUGUAAUAACCUGUUCGUUAUAAAUUGACGACCACGAACGUGUUCUAGCAGUAAGUAAUCGGAUCUAGUAAUAUAAUGCAGAUAGAUUUACGCGUACAUAUGUUGGUAGAGCUGAGAGAGAGAGAAAGAGAGAGAGAGAGAGAGAGAAAGAGAGAAAGAGAGAGAGAGCGUUAUCGAGAGAAAAUGAAUGAACGAACGAACGAGGGAGGGAGUGUGUGAGGAACUAUCAUUCAUAAUUCAUCGUUGUGAAUUACAUGCAUCUUUAAGACUUUAGAAUACAUCAUUAUCUUAGA